AUGCGGGCGAAUUGGAUUCAUUCGGGCCGCCAACCGUGCCAAGCCAGCAGACAGCAAAGACCAAAAGUCACACAAUUCGCCUUGUCAUGCUUGACAACUUGGACGUUCCAGGCCACACUCUCAUCAAGAACUUCUUCCGCGAUCUCGGUCUCACUGGGCCUAGAUCGUGCACACAGUGAAGUGCGGAAGACGGGAUGCACUGCGACACAGGACCAGAACAUACACGCAGCAGCACACCUAGCUAGACUGUGGUGUGGGGGCGUCUCCGGACCAUCGCUCAUCCGUGAGCGUUGUAACCUCACCACUGAAGCCGCUUCGCGAUUCUUUAAGGUGGACCCUCUACGGAGUACUACCUAG